CUCCCAUUUCAAUUUCAGAUUCUGGGUUUUCUCCUCUUUCGUCGUUUGAAUUUCAAAUUUCAAUCAACGGAAAACAACAACGCCAUCAGGCCUUUAGGAGGCUCCAAAUAGACUUAUUGGAGGUGAGUGGCAGUUUACACCAAAAGAUGUGGAAUAUGGACGACAUCGACAUGGAUAUCAUCAAUCAGAUCAAUCAGGUAAGCGAAGUACCGGACACGCCGGAUAGGGUCGUUGCACGACGUUGUACUGGCAGGGAGUCCGUCCGAAGAGACUCUAAUUCCUUAUUGCAUGGAAACUUUAGAAAUAGGGAUAAGCUGGUGACGGAGGAUAGGCAUCAUACUAGAGGACCCAUUACGUUUCAGCAAAAAUGUUGUGGAAAUCUUGAAAAUGCAAAUUGCAGUGACGUUAAUGCCCCAAAUGAUGGCUUAUGUAGGAGACCGGCUGCAGAUAGAAGCUAUGGUCACAGGGCCAAUCAUUCUAGUGGAACUAGGAACAUGGAUAAAGGGAAAUCCAUUAGCACUGAUAGAUCUUCUGGUUACCAAGUUGAAUUAAUGAAUCAAAAUGACUAUAGCGAACAUCGCAAUGCGGUUUCAUAUGGUGCACCGGAACAGAUUGUGGCUGAAGAUAAGAGACAAGGUCAAGUAGCGUCACGUGGUACUUCUUUUGGGCCAUGCAUCCCAGACUUUCCAGAGCAACUUAGAAGUUGGAUUAAAGGGAAGGAAACAAUUGACGAAAAUGCUCUAAAAAGUCCUGGCUUAGCUAUGGCUUGCAGAGAAGCAGUCAAUAUGUCCACUGAUUCUCAACAUAAAGGCAGGGAACAUACGCCUGCUCGUUCUUUUAGAACUAGAUACCCAGGGAAAAAAAAUUUGGUGAGAAAUGGGUGUAUUUCUCCACAAAAUAUUGCAAAAGCCGAACAGCUUAAAAACACUUCCGAAAACAUUGAACAGAGACAUGCUUGGAAUGGGGAUUUUAAUCGUCCACGGUCCCCUGUAACUGACAUGAGUGAUAUAGUCGCUGAAGAAAAUGGCAGGGGAAGAGCAAAAGGAAAAGCCGUACUUACUAUUCCUGAUGCAUCAAAGGAACAAUUUCGUGGAUUUAGCAGUAGCCUUGCAAACCAUAAUGGGGAGGCAAAUGGAUUAAGUGAUGCUAGUAGAGAUGCAUUUGGAUCAGCUGGUUGGAGAAGUACUCGUGAUCGAUCAAGGAACAUAGAGAACACUGUAAAUGAUACAGCCAGACAUCUUUCUAGGAGAACCGGUGGCGCCGGAAGCUUGUUUCGUCGACAACAUGAAAAUGGGGUGAACAGAAGAGAUAUUAGUAGUCGACCAACUCCAGGGAAUGAAUGUGAUCAUGCAGUAGGUCAAACUGCUGCUCUAAGAGAUCCUUUUGUGUCUGAAACAGAACAGUCAGGUGGGGCUCCUGGUGCGGACAAUGCAUUUAACAAGAGGCUUAAGAAAUUUGGAUCUUCUUCCAGGAACCACGGCGGAUGCUCCACAUCCAUAUCUGAAGACUCGGAUGUCAUGUUUCUUGUUUCAUCCAGGGAACCAGUGAACUCAAGAUCAUCCAGGGUUCAUCAUUCACAAUCCCGGGCUACUUUAGGUCCCGUUAUUGAUGUUGAUGCAUUUUCGCCUCCAGUCAGACACUCUACACCACAAACUAUUGAUAGUACAAGUAAUGAUGACUCUGAGGCUAGGGCAAGACAAGUUGAAGCAGAUGAGAUCUUGGCCCGUGAACUCCAAGAACAAUUAUAUCAUGAGACGCCUUUAGCCAGAGGAGGCAAUAUUGAUGCGGAAUUUUUGGCAUGGGUAAUGCAGGAAGAGGACAGUGGAUCUAAUACUUCUGGUGCCGGACAAAAUGAAUCACAUGCUAGAGGCUCGGUGAUAUCGCACCUCCACAGACAGCCAAGGUCACGGACUUUUCAAAACCGAUCAAAUAGAACUCAAAACCAACCAAAUAGAAGAUGGGCUCAGACUCGUGUCCCUAGCUCUUCUAGAAUGGCGCAGAUGAGGGGUCGUAGUGGCAGGCAACGUCCUGCUGUAUUUUCCAGUGCCAGUGACCUGCACUUUCCUUUAGGCAUGGAUUUGGACAUGAGACUUGAUAUAUUGGAAGAGUUAGAGGAUGCCUUUGGAGAUCUUAGUGCUGCAGAAAUGGGUAAUCAUGUUCUUCAAGUCCAGCACCGGGAUUUCAAUGAGAGUGAUUAUGAGAUGUUAUUAAUGCUUGACGAGCUCAAUCAUCGACAUGCUGGGGCAUCCGCUAAUCAGAUUAACAGCUUGCCACAAUCUGUAGUACAGACGGACAACCUUGAAGAACCCUGUGCAAUUUGUUUAGAAGCCCCCACAAUUGGCGAAACUAUUCGUCAUCUCCCUUGUUUGCACAAAUUUCACAAAGAUUGUAUCGAUCCGUGGCUUAGCCAAAAAACCUCAUGCCCAGUUUGCAAGUCUUCCAUCACUUGAUCGUACUUCGACCGCCAUCCUUUGGCCGGCUUUCAAAAGCCAAUUAUUUAAAAAUUUCAAGCAAUCUUAUUUUGAGAUUAUUAAAGGUGAUCAAAGUUUUUUUGACUUUGCUAUUACUACUCCUAUGGAUGGAUAUUUUGUUGCAAGGAUUAGACAAAUUAGUGCCAGUUCCAGACUUGGCCAUUUUGCUGAUUCAGUCGGAGUAAAAUUGCUAAAGUUCAUAACUUCAUAUGUAAUGGAAAUAUCUUCGAGUGGUGCUGACAAUUUGCCCCACAUAUUUUCUAAUUGAUUUGUGUUCUCAUGUUCCCGGUGGCGCUGAUAUUCGUAACCAACUUCUCUCCCUAGGAUAAACUUUUUCCCAUAAGGAUCGUUCUAUGGUGCCUGGGGUCUAAUUCCUGGCAUCAAUGCGGAUUUACAAGUAUAUCGUUGGAAUUGCAACUCCACCGUUUAAAGUUCGCAAGCAUAUCGUCAUAUCUUGUAAUUCUAACUUUCAAGUUCGCAAAAACACCACACUUGCAGCAUUGGUGAUAGAAAUC